AUGCUUCUCGAACAUUACUUGAAUAUUGGAAAAACACUUUCAUUCAAUGAAGCUGAUCAAUCCAAUGUGCUCUUCUCAUUGAUAAAACGCCUUAUGUUACAGUCAGAAUGUUGUUCAUAUAUUCUUAUUCAAGCAAUAUUAAUACCUUUGAUUUUUAAUAAUAAUACAUUAAAAUAUUUACAUCUCAUCUUCAAAGAACCAGCAUCCAAUUAUCCAAUGGUACUUUCAGAACCUAUUAUUCAACGCAUUUCCGUUCAAAGUAUGAUAUUAGAAGUAGAACAAGGUAUGUUGUUAAAAAUAGUAUCGAAGUUAACAGCUUAA